GGCACUGAUGAUGUUACCUAGUUGGAUAAUGAAACAUCUGCAAGGAAACAAUCACACCCAGAGAGCACCAAGGACGCUACAUCUUAAUUAGGGUUUGAAAGAUAACAUUUAAUUUAACAUUCCUAGUUGUAUCAGCCAAUAUUGUUUUAUAGAAUAAUGUUCAGUGGCCUUAAAUUCCAUUUGUUUGAUGUUGGACGUGAGGUGUAGAUGACUACAUUUUUCAUUUAGCUCACUGGUUUAAAUGUUAAAAUGGCAAACAGAAAAAAGUACUGUCAGUAUGUGUGAUGUCUGAUUAUCUAGAAACUUUUUUUUUAACAGGCUUUAAAAUAAAAAAAUGACAAUUCGCAACUUGAUUGGCUUCACUUAGGAGAUAGUUCAUUUAAUGAGCAACUCAUACAUUUUGUCCUCUUGGAGGAUAGAUGCAUUUAAUAUGUAUCUUUACUAAGGCUGAGCAAACUGUUCAGAGGGCCUUUCAUGAACUGAUUGAAACAUACCUCCAAAUCAUCCAUUUAGUUUAUUCAAAGCAGUUGGGAUUCUGAAAGGGUCAGUCAGUGUUUUGAUGCCUUUUCUGUGGUAUGUUUUAUGAGCAGAAGAUGCUUCUGAGAUUGCAACUAUGAUCUGUAGCUUCCUGAAGCAAGAAACCUCCAGAGUACUUUUAUUUUUCUAUCCGAGGUGUUCCCUUGCUCUGUAACAUUCGGAAAUGUAUAGUGGGGUUGCCUGUAAUAUGAGAAUGGAGUGGAUUUCUGUGUGCACAUAAGGUAUCCCAUGUGCAUAUUGCACUUGCUGAUUUUCUGAAACUUGAAAAUAAAUUAUUUGUAAGAGUUCUGUACCAUUCACUGUGAAUGAAGCAAGUUAUGCAAUGGAAGUCCUUUCUAGAAAGGGGAAAAAUAUAAUGUGUAUGCAUUAAUUAUCCCUAGUUUGAUAGCCUUCAGUUGUAUUAGGUUACAACUUCCACAUCCUCAACUAUCUGAAUGGUAAUUACUGAACUGGUCAAGUUGUACAUAUUUAUUCAAUAAUCCCACUGUGUUCAGCAAGGCUUACUAGGAUCUGGCAGAAUACUUUGAAAUGCAAUCUUACCUUUUUUCCCAGUAAAAUUUUCAGUGAUUAAUCUUUGUACAGUGCAUUUGGUUCAGACUGCAACUUGGGCUUGCUAAAGAAUUCCAAGGCCAGGACCUCUAAAAGCAGCUUAAAAUAUUUUCUUACAUUACAAUUUCCACGUCAUGUUCAUUGACACACAAACAUGUUUUAUACCGGACUUGCCCCAAAACAAGAAAAAUAAAUGUAUGAAACAGGAAAAAGAGACAAAUCUCCCUGGCGUGGAUCUUACAAGGUGAAUGCUUCUGAACAGAGUAUCUGUAGCAUUCAGUAUAGGAUGGAAGAGUAAAAGGAGUGAUGAAAAAAGAUGUGAGGAAGCUAGCAAGAGACUCAAAGAUUGGAAGCUGCAAAGAGAAAAACGGGUGUAGCAUAGGUUAAAUGUUAAUUUGGUCCCAUCAGUUAGUGGAAGAAUGCAGGCACUUCCUCUACAACUUAACAUUCAACACAAGAAAUGAUGGGAAGAAUAGUGAAUUGGAAUUUGGGGUACACAGGAAGAAUGCAUUCUUUUCAGUUAUGUUUGGGAGGAGAGUUAAAGCUUGUGAAAGCUAUUUUGUGUUUUGCUAUCCUGAGAACCACUAGUUAGAGCUGAAGGCAAAAGAUGUACCCAUGUAAUUAAUAGGGUAUUUCCAAGAAAAUUGUUGAGCAAAGAAAUUUGUCUUGAUACCGGAAUUUAGAAAUCUUGCAGAUGUAUUGCACAUUCCCAGAGACCUACCAUUUGAUCCUGAAUUGCUCCAAAGUCAUAAAUAAUUAUGCAGGCAAAUAAACUGAGGCACUAAAGUGGAUUCAAUAAAAUAUCAAUAAACAGGAAAAACUCACCAUGCAAGAUCUGAAGUCAAUUGUUUUUGUUUGCUGUUAUCUUCCUAUUCAGUUGGUUAUGCACGUCUUGUGAGCCAGGUUCAAUUAUAACCAGCCUCCGUACUUCAUUGUAAUUUAGACUACACUGUAGAGCAUAGUGUAGUUGCUAAGGUUGAGAAGCACUGCUGUAGAGAGAGGCUAUGAUGCUUUACAAUAGCUUGGAUAACUUAGAUGUAAGAUUGGGCUGUGCAUGCUUUGAAAAUAAUUUGGUAAAGAUGCUUUAGAAUAUUAAUAUUGUCUAAUGCUUUAGAGCAAGGUUUCUCAACCUUGGCAACUUUAAAGUGUGUGCACUUCAAUUCCCAGAGUCAAGUUUUUAAGGAUUUCCUGAAAGACAGCUGGCCCAAAUGGACCUAUAAUGUAGUUUUCUGGCUCAUGGCUUAGCAUGUUGUGUAAGUACAGCCAAAGUCAAUAAUAACCAUGUUCGACUGACAAUCCAAGUUUAUGUAAGCCCAUUUAGACCAGAUGUGUUACAAAUAUUUCAAGGUAGACCUCCAGUUUGCAGUGUGCAUCUACAACCUGUUCCUUAUGGACAGAGAAAAAAUAGAUUUUGAUGGAAACUGCAUUUAUUUUGCUUUAUGACUUGCUAUUAAAAAUCCUGAAAGUAUUGUGUUAGUAAAACUCCUAAAGACUGAAGUUCAGAAUCUGGGUCCUGUGAAACUACUAAACCUCUGUUACCACAAGGCACAAAAAUCUUACUGAAAAUAAAAACAACUCUAUAUUGUUCUUUGUUUGACCUAACAAGCUUUUCCCUUUCAAAGGCUAGGAAUCUAAGUCCCUUAGCCUUUUUUUAAUCAAAAUCCUGUUGGAAUUUUGUAGGAAGUUUUAAGGGACGAAAAUUCAUCUUAAAGGGAUUGCAAAAGUUCCUCUCUUCCUUCUUUGAAUUCAUCUUUCAGAGUUUAGCUCUUGAAGUUUCUUCCUAAUUUUCUUUCCCUUGCCACAUUUUGGAAUUCUGCUAUGACUGUGGAAAGUAAAAGUGAGCCUCCAUCAGCCUUUUCACAGAGCGAACACAACAUUAUUGCAGCAUAUCUGAUCUCAGCAGGAGUCAUAAGUCUUCUCAGUAAUAUUGUUGUUUUAAGCAUCUUCAUUAAAUUUAAGGAACUUCGAACACCAAGCAAUACUAUUAUUAUUCAUCUGGCUUUUACGGAUAUUGGCGUGAGUAGUAUUGGCUAUCCCAUGUCUGCGGCUUCAGAUCUGCAUGGAAGCUGGAAAUUUGGCUACAUGGGUUGCCAGAUUUAUGCCGCUUUAAAUAUCUUUUUUGGAAUGGCAAGCAUUGGUUUGCUUACUGUUGUCGCCAUAGAUCGUUACUUGACAAUCUGCAAGCCUCAAAUAGGUAACAGACUAACUGCUCACAACUAUAUUGCCCUAAUUUUUGCUGCCUGGACCAAUGCAGUCUUUUGGGCCUCCAUGCCUGUGGUAGGAUGGGCAAGCUAUGCCCCAGAUCCAACUGGAGCUACUUGUACUAUAAACUGGAGGGAAAAUGACAUAUCCUUUGUUUCUUACACUAUGUCAGUAAUUGCUGUUAAUUUUGUCAUUCCCUUAUCCAUCAUGUUUUACUGUUACUACAAAAUUUCUCAAACUGUGAAGCGGUAUACCAGAAGCACUUAUGUAGAAAGCAUCAGUGUAGAUUGGUUGGAUCAAGUCGAUGUUACAAAGAUGUCUGUUAUCAUGAUUUUGAUGUUUCUGCUGGCUUGGUCUCCAUAUUCUAUUGUGUGUUUAUGGUCUUCCUUUGGAGACCCAAAGAAAAUUCCCCCCACCAUGGCGAUCAUAGCCCCACUGUUUGCAAAGUCAUCUACGUUCUAUAAUCCCUGCAUUUAUGUCAUUGCAAACAAAAAGUUUCGAAGGGCCAUCCUUGCAAUAGUCCAGUGUCAAAUAUGGCAGGAGGUAACAAUCAACAACCUCUUGCCAAUGCAUGUAUCUCAAAGUACAGUUGCAUAA